AUGCCAGACGACGACAAAGCCUCGGUGGGCCAUGUGGAGGAACUUGAAGCCAUAGGGGCCAACCCCGACCGAAAGGUGAUGGGAACCGUUAAGCUCACUGAAGGAGCAAUUGUUUAUAUCCCCACUCCAACAGCAGAUCCACGCGACCCUUUGAAUAUGCCAACAUGGCAGAAGAGCAUUAUUCUUGUGGUCAUAUCAGUUUUCUCAACUCUCGGCCUCGCUCUUGUCUCCGGAUUCGGUGGUCUACUUGGCUUCUACAUCCCUCAAUAUGAAGCGGUCGGGAAGGGAUAUAGCGACAUCACCCAUUUGAUGACGUAUCCCACGCUGUUCAUGGGAAUUGGGAACCUCAUCGGAAUGCCUCUGGCCAUCGGAAUUGGACGUCGCAUUGUUAUUCUCGGGUCCACAGCUAUCCUGGUGGUCGGCGCUGUUCUUUGCGCAACAGCUAAGAACUACGAGUGGCAUCUUGCCUCGCGGAUGGUCGUUGGUUUAGCUGCAGGACAGAGCGAGGCCCUAGUUCCUAUGAUCACUCAGGAAAUUUACUUUCUACAUGAGCGAAGCAAAGCCCUCAUGGGUCAACAAGCGAUCCAAGUUAGCCUGACUUCAGUGUGGGUGCUUUUUGCCGGUCCCAUCGCAGGAGCGAUUACUCCCGGGUGGUGGUAUGGGCUUGGAGCUGCCUUGGCAGGUCUACUGCUUGUUGUCGCUUUCUUCUUUCUUCCUGAGACCAAAUACGAUCGGUCGCUGGCGUCCUACCAGGAGGAGACAUCCUCUGGUGAUGACUCCAGGAAGGACUCCAUUGGAAGUGUUCAGAAGGGGAAUUCGGAUGGCGUCUGCACAGAGCGACCGCCUCUGGACACCACAAGAUAUGCACCGCGGACAUUCAAAUCGGACCUGCGACUCUGGAUUGGCAAGCCGGAGUGGAACAAAGUCUGGGAAGUGCUAAGGCAAACAUUCGAGUUACUUCUUUUUCCCAAUGUUCUCUGGGCCAUGUUACUGAAUGGGCUCACAAUCGGUGUGAACAUUGCCAUCGGCACCACGUACAGCACCAUCGUAUCCAGCCCCCCCUACAAUUGGCCUAAUAGCAGCGCCAGCUACGUGAAUUGCGGACAGAUCGUGGUCGCGAUCGCCGCGCUACCUCUGCUGGGACACGGAUCGGACUACCUGAUCAAGUACUUUGCUAAGCGCAACGACGGGAUGCACGAGCCCGAAGUUCGAAUCAUCCCUUUGAUUGUCCCCAUUAUUGUGGGCGUCUUCACAUCUGCACUAUACGGCGUGGGGGCAGCGAAUCCCUACCAAUAUCACUGGUUCACCUAUGUCUGGGGCGUCGCAGCAUACUACUUUUGCUUCGUUGGAGCCAACAUCGUGGCCAUUACCUAUCUACUAGACAGUUAUCCUGCUCGAGCAGGACCCUUGCUGGUCAUCAUCUGCGCCUUCCGAGGCAUCAUCUCGUUUGGUACUAGUUAUGGAACGGCCCCGUUUGUUGAGCUUCACGGAUAUGACGGUACAUUCGGCACGUUCGCUGCGCUUACAGGAUUCUUGGGAGCAUUGGGCAUCCCGGUGUAUAUCUGGGGCAAGAAGAUCCGACAGUUUACGGGACGGUUUGCAAAGGAUAAAUCAGAUUGA